GCGAGAGGGGCCGACGGGAGCGAUUCCUCGAGCAGAAACAGGGGCGCGGCAAUAAUUCCACUCGAAUGAAGGACGAGGUCGUGUGUCGAAUUUCUACGCAGGCCACGAGAAUCCGGCCUUUUGUUGGCUAGCGGAUUCAGCGACAAUUCGAGGCGGCGGUUGAGGUUGCGCGAAGUCGGCCGAGUGCCGCGCUCGUCGUUGUUGCAAGAGCAGAGGCGACGCGAGCCGAGACGAGUCGAGAGCAGAGCAGGAUUCGAUUCGCAGGGGAGAAAGAGUAAUAGUGCUCUGCUCUGCAGCAGCUCUCGUCGGUUUGGUCUUGUGUUCUUUGGGCAUGUCUGCCAGAGAGCAGAGGGCGAUCAGGACUUGGAACUCCUCAUCGCACAGCAGCGAGCGAGAGUGACCAGAGCACUGGCUGGCUCGGCUUGGCUGGGGUGGGUUGGAGAGAGACCGAGGUGGAGAUUGAGCGCCGGUCGGGUGGGUCGUCCCGCAUUCGACGCGAUCGUGCUGGUUUGACGUUGAGCAAAUUCUUGGUCGUUGGUUCUUUGGAGGGGAGGUUUUCACGUUCUGGGCGUCUCUUAAUUGGGCUAGGGUUCUUGUGUCGUGGGGGUAAACUCGUGCUGGGCAGACAGACGGUAGGCAGACAGACGGACCUUGUACUUCAAGAAGAGAGCCACAUCGGGCUCGAGUGAUUGAUUGAGUUCAUGGAUCAGAUCAUUUGUUUUGCAGAGUGAGCAGAGCCGGAGUCGCGUUGGUGAAAGAGGAAGCGAGAUCAGGCCGAAACGAGGACAUUCUUUGUCUGUCUAGCAAUGGCGGACUCCAGAUUUUUUGUCCUUCUCUUCGCGCUAUGUUUUGCUGCGAUGAUGUCUGUCGAUGCCACCAGAUCGGAGCCGGGAUCGGGUAUGCGACGUCUAUUGGGAGGUCGGGAUCACAAAUAUCAAGAGGCUGAACUUGUACCUCUGUACGCCAACAAAGUGGGCCCUUUCCACAAUCCCAGCGAAACGUAUCAGUACUACGACUUGCCCUUCUGCACCCCGAAAGAUAUGAAGCAUAAAACUGAAGACCUUGGAGAGGUCCUUGAAGGAGACCGCAUGGUCACAACUAUGUACAAUGUGACCUUUAAAACUGACAAGAGUCUGGAAGAGCUAUGUUCUACCGUUCUUACUGUCGAUCAAGUGAAGAAGUUCCGAAAAGCUGUUGAGCAGGAUUACUACUUUCAGAUGUAUUUUGACGAUCUCCCUCUGUGGGGUUUCAUUGGAAAAGCCGAAGCCCCUGAGGAGCAGAAGGAACAACACUAUCUUCUGUACACCCACGUCCACUUCAAAGUUUUUUACAAUGAUGACCGUGUCAUAGAGAUUGCUGUUACGACUGACGGGAAACAGGCGAAGGAUAUUACGAACGAUAAUCCUGUGACAGUGACUUUCACAUAUUCUGUGAAGUGGGAGCCAACUACGAAGACUUUUGAUAGACGUAUGGAGAAGUAUCAGAAGUACUCCUUCUUACCACAGCAUCUGGAAAUCCACUGGUUUUCCAUCAUCAAUUCCUGUGUGACUGUUCUGCUUUUGACCGGUUUUCUUGCGACAAUCCUCAUGCGUGUCCUGAAGAACGACUUCAUCAAGUACACAAAGGAAGAUGAAGAAGACCCCGAGGAAACUGGUUGGAAGUACAUUCAUGGAGAUGUUUUUCGAUUUCCUCCGCAUCCCAAUAUCUUCGCAGCGGUUAUUGGAAGUGGAACACAACUCUUGGUCCUCAUGUUGUGCAUUUUUGCUCUAUCACUGGUGGGAGUAUUCUAUCCAUACAACCGCGGAGCGCUGAACACGGCUUGCCUCGUCAUUUAUGCCCUGACGGCCGGUAUUUCUGGAUAUGUGUCUGCCCAUCUUUAUCGGCAAAUGGGUGGCGAGCAAUGGGUGCGAAACUUGAUGCUCACAGGUUCGCUAUUUUGUGGACCCAUGUUCCUGGUGUUUUGCUUCAACAACACUGUUGCUAUUGUUUAUGGAUCUUCUCAAGCAUUGCCAUUUGGCACAAUGGUCAUCAUAGCCAUCAUCUGGGCGCUUGUUACUUUCCCGCUAACAGUGUUGGGCGGGAUUGCCGGUAAGAACAACAAGUCUGAGUUCACCGCUCCCUGCCGUACAAACAAGUAUCCCAGAGAAAUACCUUUUCUUCCCUGGUACCGAAGAGCAGUACCACAGAUGUGUAUGGCAGGGUUCCUUCCUUUUAGUGCUAUUUAUAUCGAAUUGUACUACAUUUUUGCCAGCAUGUGGGGACACAAGAUCUACACCAUCUACAGCAUAUUGUUCAUCGUCUUCAUCAUUCUUAUCAUAGUCACUGCUUUUAUCACUAUCGCACUCACCUAUUUCCAGCUUGCAAUCGAGGAUCACGAGUGGUGGUGGAGGGCUGUUUUUUGUGGUGGAUCCACUGGCUUCUUCAUUUACGGAUAUUGCUUUUACUACUAUUUUGCGCGAUCCGAGAUGACUGGUUUGAUGCAGGGAUCAUUCUUUUUUGGAUACAUGGGUUGUGUCUGUUAUGGGUUUUUCCUCAUGCUCGGAUCUGUUGGGUAUCGAGCAUCUCUUCUGUUUGUUCGGCACAUAUAUAGGGCAAUCAAGUGCGAGUAAAUGGAGCUGAUCUUGUGAAUAUUAAUCAUGACACGGCUUAGGGUAUCGAUGGCUAGAGAGAGCCUGUCAAGGAAGUAUGAUUCUUCCUAUUUCAUUGGUGGGUCUAAAUUUUGAAGCGACGCCGCCAGGAACAUCAACAUCUAACGGUAGAGGCAGACUCUGUAAAAAUCACACUCAGCAGUCCUGAUAGUUUAGUUUAGUUGCCGAGCAUAUUCAAUUGCUUUCAAAAAAAGUCGCGUACCUGAAAGAUCAUUCUCUCAUUAUGUCACUGUCAUGAUUCGACGAAUAGUCGAGCAAGAAUCACCCCUGCUUUUCUAAACCUCAGAACCAACUCUCACCAACCAGAGUUUGUAGAUAAAUGGAUGGGGAUGUCACGCAGAGGAGAAUAGAAUUGACUUUUUUGGAUAUACUCAGUGUAGAUUGAGCUCAUAGCGGUGAUUUCGAAGGAUCGCUUUACGAGUAUAUAAUUUAGCGAAGAGGAAAGCAAAUCGUUUUUAUCCAUUUUUUUUUCUCUCAGCAGUUAAACUCUGGAUGAUGUACUGUAUUGUACUUGCUGUGUUGAACGCAGAAUUUUUCAUUUACAGCAUUUCAACGAGAAAUAUUAAAUUUCAGU